AUGAGAGUUUCCCUUUCUCACAAGGUGGACUAUGACUAUCUGGAAAGUGGGUUGAUAUUCGCACAGCCUUGCAAACCCAUUAUUAUAGGCCAUUUCAACAGCAUCUUCAUCCCCAUCAUCUACUCGCUUGUGUUUGUGCUGGGAGUGUUCGGAAAUGGUGCUCUGAUCUUCAUCAUCGCCCGGUACAAAUACUCCAGGACUCUCACCGACUCCUUCAUCCUGCAUUUGGCCAUCGCCGACUUCGUCCUGGUCCUCACCCUCCCCUUUUGGAUGGUGGAGGCGGUCAGUGGUUGGCUGUUUGGGGUCGGAAUGUGCAAAGUCAUGGGCUGGAUCUUCGCCCUGAACCUGUACAGCAGCAUCCUGUUCCUGGUCUGCAUCAGCUUCGACCGCUACCUCGCCAUCGUCCACGCCAUCCACAUGUAUCACAAACGCAAGCCCGUCUACAUCCAAGCCACCUGCCUCGUUGUCUGGCUCUUCUGCCUCCUGCUGGCCACCGUGGACCUCAUCUUCCGUGACGUGUACCAGCCCAGCUAUUUGACCAUGAAAACCUGCACCUACUCCUUUGGGGUGGAGAGUGCAGAAGGCUGGAAGCUCGCUUUGAGCCUGGUACACCAGAGCCUGGGCUUCUUCCUGCCCAUCUCUGCCAUGCUGCACUGCUACUGCCUGAUCUUCAGGAGUCUGUGGAGGAGCAACAUCUUUGAGAAGCAGAAGACCCUGAAAGUGGUGGUGGCCCUGGUAGUGGUCUUCGUCAUCUGCUGGCUGCCCUACAACGUGGUCCUCUUUGUUGACACCCUCCAGUCACUGGGCGCCAUCCACGCCGACUGCGCCAGGCUAAAUGCCCUGGACAUCAGCCGCACGGUGACCCAGAGCCUGGGCCUGGUCCACUCCUGCCUGAACCCCCUGCUCUACGCCUUCAUAGGGGUCAAGUUCCGGGGGGAGAUGCUCCGGCUGUUGGCGCACACCGGCUCACGGAAACACUCUCACACGUUCAGCCGUCAGAGCAGCAGGGAGCCACGGAGCUCGUCCACGUUCUAA